CUCUCUCUCUAACCUCCAUCUGUCUGUCAGCACGAGAAACCAAAACUUAGAAGUUCAACCAUCAUCCUCACUUCAGUUCGUCGACAAUGGUGAAGAGGACUAGCGAGUCCAGGAACCAAUCGGAGCCUUCCAAACGGACCUCGCCGUCGUCCACGUCGGCUUGCAGGAAGUACAAGGGCGUGAGGAUGAGGAGCUGGGGCUCCUGGGUCUCCGAGAUCCGCGCCCCCAACCAGCAGGCGCGGAUCUGGCUUGGCUCCUACGCCACGGCCGAAGCCGCCGCUCGGGCCUACGACGCCGCUCUGCUCUGCCUCAAGGGACCUUCGGCGACGUCCGCGCCCCACAGCCUCAACUUCCCUCGCUCCUCUCUCGCCUAUCGCUUCCCCGACCACGCCAUCCCGAUGUCCCCUAAAUCCAUCCAGCGGGUGGCAGCUGCGGCCGGGGCGGCGGCGGUGGCGGAGGGCGGAUCACUUGACUGCACCGCCUCGGGCCCGCAGUCUCCACGCCAGCAGUCCCCGUCGCCUUCGUCAUCGUCGCUGGCCUCGUCCCCGUCCCCGUCGCCGCCCUAUCACCUGGAUGACGACGUCGUCGCCGUCCCUGCAGCCGCGUGGGACGGGGCGGCGGGUAUCCUGGACACGUCGUGCAAUCUAGAGGGCUUGCUGCAGUCGCCGAGUUUCCUGGGUCCGAUGUUCGCCAACGGUGUGUCGUCCGAUGAUUAUUAUGAAGAAGCAGGCGAUAUUCGACUCUGGGACUUUAGCUGAUUUUUUUGUUUGUACUGUUCUGGAAUCUCCCAUGUGAUCUGGCGCUGCCCGAUCCACGAGGGAGUGUCGAUUUCGGACGAAGUCCAUGUUCGGGACGCUAAUUCAUUAAUUCAUUCAUCGGCAAAC